AAGCCUUUCAAUUAACAUUUUAAAUUUCUUCUUUUCUUUUACUUUGGUUUCGUUCUUAUCCAGUAUUUACUAACUGCUUCUAAUUUGAUAUGGCUAAUUUGCAUAUAAAGUAUAAGCUUGCAAACACGCUUGCAACUAUUCUUUUAUUGGGAUUUCAUGGAUUCGGUUACUCUGGAUGGUAUCUGGGACAUGGUUACGGCAUAGGCCCACGCGAUUUCUUCCUUGUCCUUGCAGGCAUCUUGGAGUUAUUGUUAAUUGGCUUUACUAUUUAUCAGUUUUUGGCGAAGGCUCCAAAAGAUGCUUACGAAGCUAUCAGCUAUUGGUACCUGUUAUUUGCUGUGUUAAGUGGCGCCGUUUCUGCUUUAUGGUAUUUACACUUGAAUAUCUUUGCUUUCGUUGGUUUACUUUGGCAAUUUGCGACAAUGAUUUUUAUUUAUCAUCGGUUACGCGAUUAUCCUCCUCGCAAUGCUACUGACGAAGCGUUUAUCAAUGCACCUUUCUCGAUUUAUACUGCUUUCUGCUUCUUUGCUGUAUUAUGGCAAACUUUUCAAUUCUGCGAUGAAACCAAGGAUAAUUCGAUCGUACACACGGUCAUCAUUGUUGUGAUUGGAUUCGUAGCAUUGCAUUUAGUCGAUUAUUCGCAUAGAAAGGAUUGGGUUUAUGCAUUAACUACUGCUUGGAUUCUUUUAGGUGCUGCAGUUUUCUUGACAGCAACGACACCACAUACUGUUUCCUUGGUUGUCGUGGGUAUCUUGGUGAGUGCCGUUGCACGAACUUUAAUUCCUAAAUGGUUGGAGAAGUUAAAUAGAAGAUUUGCUUCUUGGACGAACCGAUUGGGUGAAAGAACGCCUUUGCUUGGACAUUAAAGAGUGUUGUCCUGUCAAAGCAGCUUACAGAUCACGCGGAAAAAAAAAAUUUUCUUUUUUUUCUCUUUGAUGAAUGAUUAUUACUAUAUUUGGAGAAUUUGCUGAUUUUUUUUCUUUUUUAUUCUUCUUCGUAUCAAUUGAAACACCGCUUUAUUCUUUGGUUUUUGUUUUUUUUCCCGUGUUCUUUCUUCCCAUU